AGCAAAGACUCCAAGCAACAACCUUUGGUCACCCAGCCGACCACAAGUGUAUUUUUUUUAGAGGACCAGGCUGACUAGCUGUCUUCAUUUCUCUUGAUGGCGAAGGGCCUCGGGUUCGCAUGCCUGGAGCGAUGGAGCGCCCGCCCAAAACGGGGUCACCACCCCUGUGUAAGUAUCUCGUGCUCCCAUCUUGUAUUGUCGAUCGACAGCUAUGCAGGGUCUCCAGUCCGCCAUAUGUCGUAAUCUUAAAAAAUCAUGGACAGGCAACAGCGCGUUCCAUCCUCAUCCUUUUUGCUGUUGUUGUGAUGCUCCGUCCUUGUUUUUUAUUACUCCGUCCGAUUCAUAUUAGUUGUCUCAAAUUUGUCUAAAUGUGGAUUUAUCUAUAUCUAAAAAACGUCUAGAUACAUGUAAUAUUUCGACAAUUAAUAUGGAUCGGAGGAGUAUAUCAAGAAGAGUUGCUUAACAAAGUCCAGUAUGACUGUUUAUUUACUAACUGAAAGAUACAAGAGUAGCUUUGUUGUGCAAUGUUUAACUAACUCCUCAGCGAUCUGUAGCAAUUGUGUAGUAGUUCCUGAAUUGAAAACUCACUCUCAAAUCUCAGUAUCCCUGUCUCAGGUUAACAGUAGCAUAUACCUACCGAAGUAGCAACUGUUUGACCAAGUCUCUGAACAAUUUUCUUCCACGUUUCGUGUUAUACUAGUCGAGUGACGGAGGUUACAAGCAAGUCAACUGGUCAAGUGUGGAAGUCUACCCUGGGAGCAUAUAUACAAGAAGGAAUGUGGCCAAGAUACACUGCAUUAGAGCGUAUGGACAUGGCUGCUCUCUGCUCUCUUUCUCCACUCGUCCUCCUCCUCUUGACCAAUCUUCUUGUCUUCUUUUCCUCCAACACCAUCGCCCAAUCCAAAAGCAACAAAUAUGAGAUCGAACGGCAAGCCCUCCUCUCCUUCAAGUCCGGCGUCUCCAACGACCCGCACGAGGUCCUGAGCUCAUGGGGCGGAUCACUACACUUCUGUAGAUGGAAUGGUGUUGUCUGCGGUAUGACGCGUCCAUUUCAUGUGGUCUCGGUGGACUUAAGCUCCUCAAGUCUCAGUGGUGAGUUAUCUCCCUGGAUAGCUAAUCUUACAUCAUUAGAACGGGUAGACCUGUCAGAGAAUCGAUUCGCUGGAGUCAUCCCUGAGGAGUUAGGUACACUUCAACAUCUGAAAUAUCUGAUGCUUCCGACGAACAAUCUUGUAGGUAUGGUUCCUAGAUCAUUAGGCACCAGUAGAUCGCUUACAGAGGUCAAUCUUGCGCAAAACUUUCUUACCGGUACUAUCCCAGAUUUUCAUAAGAUGUCCGUGCUACAAAUUCUCGACCUUUCAUCUAAUGAACUUUCUGGAAGCGUACCUUUAUCACUGGGAAAUGUUUCUUCUCUCACAGCCAUAUGGCUUGAGUCAAACAACUUAUCAGGGCCAAUUCCAGAAACUUUGAGUCUUAUUCAGAACAUUAGUGUGCUGAGUUUAGGUAGCAACUCCCUGUCCGGGCAUGUUUCAGCCAAACUCUGUAACAUCUCAUCACUCAUUUACCUUGGCUUGUCCGAAAAUUACCUUACUGGAAGCAUACCAUCUUGCAUUGGAAACAUGUUACCAAAACUUGAAAAUUUGUCCAUGUCGCGUAACAAAUUCGAUGGAUUAAUUCCACCAUCACUAGCAAAUGCAUCGAAGCUCCAACGGAUUGAUCUUGGAUACAACUCCCUAGUUGGACCGGUGCCAUCCCUAGGAUCUUUAUCUGACUUACGGCUACUAAUUCUGGAAAGAAACUCCCUACAAGCUGAAGGUUGGGAAUUCCUUAUCUCUCUCACAAAUUGUUUGCAACUACAAUUAUUGGAUAUGAGUCGGAAUGCCCUGAAUGGAAGUAUCCCUAGGUCAGUUGGAAAUCUUUCCACAGCUUUACUACGUAUAAACCUUGGAAACAAUCAAAUUGUUGGCACAGUACCAAUUGAGAUUUUUAACCUUCGAAAUCUCCAAAUGCUUGCUAUGGGUCAAAACUUGCUUUCAGGGGUUAUUCCUCCGGUUAUUGGGAAUCUUAACUAGCUAAAUGUCCUAAUUCUAUCAGGGAACAAAUUUUCUGGUCAGAUCCCCUAUACGAUAGGUAAUCUUUCUGUGUUGACCACGCUUUAUCUAGACAACAAUGACUUGAGUGGGAACAUACCGACAAGUUUAGGGAAAUGCAAGCAACUACUUAUGAUAAACUUAGCUAUUAACAACCUCCAAGGGCCAAUACCAAGUGAACUCAUCAAUAGCACUGCCCUCGUGGGUUUGGAUUUGUCAACGAACUACCUUACAGGAUCAAUACCGCAAGAAAUUGGUACCUUGCUACAACUUGUUCGUCUUGAUAUUUCCUACAACAAAUUGUCUGGAGAAGUUCCAUUUUCACUUGGCCAGUGUGUCCAACUAUCAUCUCUCAGAUUGAGAAGUAACAUGCUUAAUGGAAGCAUACCUCAGUCUUUCAGUAACCUGAAAUCCAUCGAUCAGGUUGAUCUUUCCCAAAACUACCUUGUUGGACAAAUUCCAGAGUUCUUUGCAAGCAUGAUUUUCUUACAGCAACUUGAUCUGUCCACCAACUACUUUGAAGGGCCGAUUCUGACAGGUGGCAUCUUUCGGAAUAAUAGUGCAGCAAUCUUGCAUGGUAACACACAUCUGUGUGAACGUGCAACCACCACCUUAUUUCAAUUCCCAAUCUGCAGCACUCCAUCAGCUGAUGAGAGCAAGAUAAAUGCACUCCUAUUGGUAAAAAUUAUUGCUCCAAUUGCUAUCGCGUUGCUCUCCUUCAUAUGCUUUGUGGCCACUCUUCUGAAGAGAAGGCAAGCACACAUUGCUCCGUGCUACAAGGAGACAAUGAAGAAGGUGUCUUAUGGUGACAUCAUUAAAGCUACCAAUUGGCUCUCUCCAGUUAACAAGAUCAGCUCAAGUCGUACCAGUUCGAUUUUCAUUGGGAGAUUUGAGUUUGACACUGACCUGGUUGCUAUCAAGUUAUUCCAUCUCGAGGAGAAUGGUGCGCGCAACAGUUUCCUUACUGAGUGUGAAGUGCUACGGAACACCCGGCAUCGCAACAUUGUUAAAGCUGUUACCGUAUGCUCGACAGUGGACUUGGAGAACAAUGAAUUCAAAGCUAUAGUUUUUGACUUCAUGGCCAACGGAAGCUUGGACAUGUGGGUGCACCCAAAGCUUCACCAAAAUAGCCCCAAAAGACUACUGACUUUGGGCCAGAGGUUGAGAAUAGCAGCGGAUGUGGCCUUGGCUUUGGAUUAUAUGCACAACCAGUUGACGCCUCCUCUAAUCCACUGCGAUUUGAAGCCAGGAAAUGUUCUUCUGGACUAUGACAUGACUGCAAGAGUUGGUGAUGUUGGGUCAGCGAGAUUUCUCUCUUCAAGUCCUGGUAGUCCAGAAGACUUGGUUGGUGUGGAAGGAACAAUUGGAUACAUCGCACCUGAGUAUGGUAUGGGAUACAAAGUGUCAACAGGAUGCGAUGUCUAUGGUUUCGGAGUCUUGCUUCUAGAAAUGCUCACCGGAAGGCGACCGACAGAUGCGAUGUUCACCGACGGCAUGAGCCUUCACAAGCUUGUGAGUUCAGCAUUUCCAGGUAGACUUCGAGAGGUUUUAGAUCCCCAUAUGGCCCACGAGAAGCAGAACGUGUGUGAGAAAGUAUUUAUGCGGAGCUAUAUGGUACCUAUGGUUGAAGUUGGCCUCCAGUGUUCUAUGGAAUCACCUAAAGAUCGACCAGGAAUGGGAGAAGUUUGUGCCAAAAUUUUACCUCUUAAACAGGCAUUCUUUGAGUCCUGUUGAAUAACCUACGGAUCUACACGCUCCUCAAUAAACAAUCUGUCACAUGGAUAUCCUUGAUGUAAAUCUUGGUUCAACAGGCCACAUGAUAUCUCGAUGGCUCCGGUUACUGAAAAUGAUGCCUGGAAAGAGCAGAUGUUCCCUCUCUCAGAAUAAAGGAGUAGAUGUUGAGUACUGGAGCUUCCUAUCAAGGUAGAAUAGUAUCCCGUCUAGUGUUACAUUGUAUCUUCUUACUCAAAGAUUUGUGCAUUACGUGGUAUGAUAUGUGCAGCCGCAAAUUUGGAACAAAAAUGCAUGUUCCUUUGUGUCCUCUCUAUAUAAACGUGUACAUCAACCCGCCUCCCUACUUUUUCGAAGACCAAAUUCUAACUUCUACGGGUGCGUAAAAACCUACCCCGGCAGCCAGGGACGAGUGUUGGAGAUAUGCCCUAGAGGCAAUCAUGUGAUGAUGUUAUUUCCUAUGUAUUCAUGAGUUAUUUGUCCUUGAACAUCAUCACUGAUAUGUAUCAAUAAAUACGUGAUUUGUUUGUGAAA